ACUUAUUUUGCCCGCUCGAUAGAGGACAAAAGAGAGUUAUGGUUAAAAAAUUAAGAGGGAAGUAUUAGCCUCCUAUAUCAAUCGGAAACUCCGGUUGGCCUCUCUCCCUCUCGUCCUCCAAUCCAUUUGCCAUGUGAAAUUGCUCAAAGAACAUGGGGAAGUCUCGGUCUUGUAAUCUAAACCUCAUGGAGAGAGAGAUGGGAGAAGCUGAAGAGACUGAUACAAGAAUGACGGAUGGAGAGCUUCGGAGCAGGUUCAAAAGAAUCUGUGUCUUCUGUGGCAGCAACUCGGGCAACAGAGCUGUCUUCAGCGAUUCCGCUCUUGCUCUGGGCCACGAAUUGGUGAAAAGGAGAAUAGAUUUGGUUUAUGGUGGAGGGAGUGUGGGACUGAUGGGAUUGGUCUCUAGGACAGUUUAUGAUGGAGGCUGCCAUGUCCUUGGGGUCAUUCCUACAGCUCUCAUGCCAACAGAAAUUUCUGGCCAGACUGUAGGUGAAGUUAAAACUGUUUCUGAUAUGCAUGAGCGCAAAGCAGAAAUGGCCCGACGAUCAGAUGCUUUUAUUGCGCUUCCUGGAGGAUAUGGAACAAUGGAAGAGCUGCUGGAGAUGACAGCAUGGUCCCAACUUGGAAUUCAUAGUAAACCAGUUGGUCUGUUCAAUGUUGAUGGUUACUACAAUUCCUUGCUCGCAUUAUUUGAUAAUGGUGUGGAAGAAGGUUUCAUACAUCCAGCCGCAAGAAAUAUAGUUAUUUCUGCUUCAACUGCAAAGGAACUGUUGGUAAAAAUGGAGCAAUACACUCCGCUACAUGAACAAGUUGCUCCGCGUCCAAGCUGGGAGAUGGCACGCCUAGGUUGCUCUAUGCCACCUAGUCCACCAUGAUAUUCGGUUCUUCCUACAAAUAUAUUAUUCCACUUUGAUGUGAUUUCCUUUUGCAAUUUGUAUGUGAAUUCCACUCAAUUGGGCAUAACUGUCCUUCUGGCAUUUGAUUUAAUAAAAUCAUCCAUGUUUUUUCUGAA